GAAUCACUAACAACAUUCAACAAAAAAACUGCACAGGGAAGGUAACCAUCGACUCCAGUGUGGCAGUGAAACUGAACGGUGGCGACGGUGGUGGUGGUGGAGGGCGGCGCGUAAGAUAGCUUAAAUUAUCCGGCGUUACACGAAACAACCCUUAACCUAGUGUGAUGGAUCCUCCUCCUCCUCCACCUCAAUUCUCUCUCAUUCCUCCUUCUCAGUUACCACCACCUCAACAAGACUCUAACCCUAAUAUUCAACCGGAUUCAAUCCCCAAUUGGGACCAAAACCCUAACCUCACCCAUUACCUUGGUUUAUCCGUCCCCAAAAAGAGAAGGCGUGGCAGGUCCCAACGCAAUCCAGCGUUGUUUCGUUCUCCUCUCACUCUCAAUACCUCUUCUAACAACGCUAACAGCAACGAUCUUACCUCUUACGCCAUCACUUCUUCUUCCUCUGUUGCAGCUCCGGUUUCGUUUUCUCCAAUAAAAAACCCACCGCCAUCGUAUGACUUCUCCGAUGAGAUUAUCAUGAUAAACAAAGAAGCCAAAACGGAGGCAAUGAUCGCACUCAGUGCCGGUUUUCCAGCAGAUUCGCUCUCCGAGGAGGAGAUCGAAACCGGAGUUAUCCCUGUCAUUGGAGGGAUCGAACAGGUGAAUUACACUCUCAUUAGGAACCACAUUAUUGCUAAAUGGCGUGACAAUGUUUCUAUUUGGGUUACUAAGAAAAUGUUUACUGAUUAUAUACCUCUACAUUAUCACACACUUUUGGACUCUGCUUAUAAUUAUCUUGUAACACAUGGUUAUAUCAAUUUUGGUGUUGCUUCCCCAAUUAAGGACAAAACCCCUACCGAACCGAGUAAGCCUGGUGUGAUUAUUAUUGGUGCCGGUCUUGCUGGCUUGGCUGCUGCGAGGCAGUUGAUGCGGUUUGGGUUUAAAGUUACGGUGUUGGAAGGGAGGAAACGGGCUGGUGGGCGGGUUUAUACUAAGAAAAUGGAAGUAGGGAGUAGGGUGGGUGCGGCUGCUGAGUUAGGUGGGAGUGUUUUGACAGGUACUUUAGGGAAUCCUCUUGGGAUUGUGGCUAGACAGUUAGGGGAUGUGCUUCAUAAGGUGAGAGAUAAGUGUCCCCUUUAUAGUGUGGACGGAAAGCCGGUUAACCCUGAUAUGGACAUGAAGGUUGAAUUUGCUUUUAAUCGUUUGUUAGACAAGGCAAGCAAGCUUAGGCAGUCAAUGGGGGAGGUCUCUGUUGACGUGUCCCUUGGUGCAGCACUGGAAACAUUCAGGCAAGUGUAUAAGGAUGCUGUGAAUGAUGAGGAGAUGAAGUUGUUCAAUUGGCAUCUUGCAAAUUUAGAAUAUGCAAAUGCAGGUUUACUAUCACAUCUUUCACUUGCAUUUUGGGACCAAGAUGAUCCAUAUGAUAUGGGGGGAGAUCAUUGUUUUUUGCCUGGAGGAAAUGGAAAGCUGGUUCAAGCCUUGGCUGAGAAUGUGCCAAUUUUAUAUGAGAAAACUGUACAUACAAUUAGGUACGGUAGUGAUGGAGUGCAGGUUAUUGCAGGAAGUCAGGUAUUUGAGGGUGAUAUGGCGUUGUGUACUGUCCCCCUGGGUGUGUUGAAGAAGGGGUCUAUCAAAUUUAUACCAGAGUUGCCUCAAAGGAAACUUGAUGGAAUCAAAAGAUUGGGUUUUGGUCUACUGAAUAAGGUGGCAAUGCUCUUUCCUCAUGUGUUCUGGGAGAUGGAUCUUGACACAUUUGGGCAUCUUUCUGAUGAGCCAAGUCGUCGUGGGGAAUUUUUUUUGUUUUACAGUUAUGCCACAGUUGCUGGUGGUCCUCUAUUGAUUGCUUUAGUGGCAGGUGAAGCUGCACAUAAAUUUGAGAGCAUGCCUCCUACAGAUGCAGUAACAAAGGUUCUUCAAAUUCUGAAGGGUAUCUAUGAACCAAAAGGAAUCAAUGUUCCUGAACCUAUCCAAACUGUCUGUACUAGAUGGGGUAGUGAUCCCUUCUGCUUUGGUUCUUACUCUAAUGUUGCAGUCGGAGCUUCAGGUGACGAUUAUGAUAUUUUAGCUGAAAGUGUGGGAGAUGGUAGACUUUUCUUUGCUGGGGAAGCAACCAAUAGGCGCUAUCCUGCUACUAUGCAUGGGGCUUUUCUAAGUGGUCUACGAGAAGCAGCAAAUAUGGCACACCAUGCUAAUAAUCGAUCAAUGAAUGUGAAGGUUGAAAAGGCUCCUUCAAAUGCUCAUACUUGUGCUUCCCUUCUCGCAGAUUUAUUUAGAGAGCCUGAUAUAGAAUUUGGGAGUUUUUCUAUCAUUUUUGCUCAGAAGAAUGCAGACCCAAAAUCACCUGCAAUCUUGAGGGUAACAUUUGGCGAACCUAAAAAGAAGUAUCACGAAGUUGCCAAACAAGACCAACAACAACACUCAAACAAAUUACUUUUUCAGCAGCUUCAGUCACAUUUUAAUCAGCAGCAGCAGCUUCAUGUUUACACUUUGCUGUCAAGACAACAGGCUCUUGACCUAAGAGAAGUAAGAGGAGGUGAUGAAAUGAGAUUGAAUCACCUUUGCGAAAAGCUAGGAGUGAAGCUGGUGGGAAGAAAAGGAUUGGGGCUGAAUGCUGAUUCUCUCAUUGCUUCUAUUAAAGCCGAAAGGGGCAAUCGUAAACCUGUUUCAACUUCUAUGUCUCUUAAACCAGGGUUAGGGGUGUCAAAACUAAAAGCAGGCAUUAUGAAGCGAAAGAUAAUCAGAAAGGCAAAGGUGGUGAAGAAAAGCAAUGGAUCCAUACCCCGUACAAGCAUGAAUGUAGGGAGUGCCUCUAAAGUAUCAGAAGAGAACCGCAUAAUAGAUCAAGUGCUUCCCGAUGUGCUUGUUCCAGGGAACAAUCAAAAUGACUUGUCAAAUUCAAAUCCAUAAAUGACGACGUUUCUUCAUCUAGGAGUAACACUAAGAAGCAUUCAACUUGUUCUCUCGGAAGCUUCAGUCGGAUCGGAAGGUGUCAUUCUUUGUAUCCUCAGUAGAAUAUCUGGAAUACCUCUACAUUUUUUUCAUGAAUGCUAUUUAUAAGAAAUACAUUUGAUUGUUGUUGUAAAUAAGAUUUUGUAAAUAAAUAGAUUAUCAUCAUACUACUAAAUGCAAAGAUCUUCAUGGCAAUAUUCGAGUAAGCCCUUGCAUUAUAAGCAGGCAUACAUCCUUUGACAACCAGGCAUCAGCUGUUUAUCAAAGUUUAUACAUCAAGCUUGAGUUAGCUUUCUUUGGUGGUGGUAUGUAUGAUCUUUGGGAAUUUCACUGGAUCAUCUCUGUGCUUUUGUUCAACAUAUAGAAGCUGUAUAGAAGAUGGCUCGGGCUUGCAAAUACAUUUGGUGUGGGCGGUACACACUUUGAUGCACCAGACUAGCAAAUAAUCAACAGUUACUAUGUUGACAUUGCCCAGGUCUAAAUAACCGUCCUGAUAUGCCUCGAAUAGUUGGAUUUCAAGAGUCGAACUCAAUCAUUCCUGACGGCACUGAUAGGUUUCAGCGUGCUCAAGUGUCCUGCAGAUUGGGACUGGCCACUGUACUUUUAUUUUGUUCGCUGCAGCCUUUUAGGGAAGCAGCAAGAGAAAAUAAAGUAUAGUUUGUACAAGUUCCUUUUUGUUGUGCUUACUGUAUGGUUUAUGAAGACAUGAAAUAACAAGCUGUAACCUAAUGAUCUGAAUACUGUGUUACUUAAGAAUUAAUAUCAUUGUCUCUAUUUUA